AUGCAAUCCAAUGAUUCGACGAGAAGGAGACUGAAUUUGCGUUCUCUCGCAACUGAAGAGCCACAGAAAAUGCAAAAUAUAUCAGCCAAUGGAUCUUUGGUCCUUAGUCAGUUUCGUCUUAAUUCUAAAGGGCUUACCUUCACCAAAAACAUUACUUACAUGGAAUCAAAACACUUCAAGGAUCUCAAAUUAGAAGAUUUUGAAAUUGUCUGUAAAUUAGGCUAAGGAAAUUAUGGUAGUGUUGAGAAAGUACUUCACAAACCUACUCAAGAUUAUUACGCUUUGAAAAAAAUACACUAUGUUAGUAAUGAUGUAUAGGAGUCCCUAUUGAAGAAGGAAUUAAAGGCCCUUAUUGAUUGCAAUUCCCAAUAUGGCGAAAUCUACAUAGUGAUGGAGUACAUGGAUAUGGGGUCCUUGUAGAUAAUCCUAGAAAAAACUAAGAAAAUACCGGAAUCCAUAACUAUGUUGAUAAUCAAAGAAGUUCUUCAAGGCUUGGAUUAUCUGCACACAAACAAACACAUCAUACACAGAGAUAUCAAACCGCAUAAUAUACUGAUAAAUAAAAGAGGAGAGGUUAAAAUUGGGGAUUUUGGAAUUUGUUCUGUUAGUGAGAAUUCGGAUCAGAAAUUUGAUACAUUUAUUGGUACUAUUUAAUACAUGUCUCCUGAAAGAUUGAACGGAGAGGAGUAUGGUUAUGAUUGCGAUAUUUGGAGUGUGGGGAUGAUGACUAUGCAAUGCAUCACAGGUCUCUUGCCAUUUGAAUUCGAUGCCAAGAAAAUGAGUAUGAUAGAAUACAUUUAAAUGGGCAAGAAUUUCAAAAUUGAUGAUUACUUUUAGCAACACAAACAUGCCAUAUCGGAGAACACCAUUUAUUUCAUAUCCAGAUGUCUCCAACAGGAACCGAAAGAUAGGAACAAAGCUUAAGAGUUGUUGUAGACGAAAGCGAUCAAAUACACGUCAUCUCUUAAAGUCGAUGUCUUUAAACAAUGGCUGCAAUUGUCUAUAGAGGAAAUUUGA